AUGAUCAAAUGGGAAAUAGAAAGAGAAAGUAAAAGAAUUAGAGAAAAUGAAAAAGUGAAUUAAAUUCAAGAUGAAAUUAAUAGAUAUAAGAUAAGUUGGUUAAAAGAUUAAGAAAUUAAAUAGGAAAAAAGAAAAAGUAGUAAAAAAUAAAAAUGUUUUAACAAACAAAAUAGUACAAAUAACGGGAGUUGGAGAAAUAAUUCUAUCAAUUACGAUGAAAAUAAAGAUAGCAGUUUGAAACAGGACCUUUUGUUAUCUGAAAAAGUCAAAAAUGAAAAGGAAUAAUCUUUAAGUAAAAUAUUAAAAACAAUCAAUAAUUCUAAAUAGAAAUAGUUGAAAUGA